UUGUCCCAGCUCAACACAUGGCAGAAACAUCCAUUGAACUUUUGAGAACGUGAAUUGACAACCCUGGUCCUUUGACUGCACGUUACAAUUAUAUGUUACGUGGAUAUUAAUUAGAACUUAUUAUCCCAAUCAUUAUUGAGAUAUCCAAUAGUUAUUUGUUUGAUGGUAAUCAAGAAAACAAGAAAUAACACAGGACAGUCGAUGGUUCUCACGUGCCCACAUGUGAUCUUGAACUCCACAAAGAUACGAAUAUCAAUAUCUUGCCAAUGAAUGAUAUUAUACAACACUUUUUACUAACCUCUCCGGAAAAUUAUUCAUAUAUAGAUCGAGUGUAAUGGACAAGACAAGACAUGUAGUCUACUUGAUUAUGUUAGUAUUAUCAUCUAGAUUCAAGAGAUGGCUCAAGCCUGCAUAAUGCAUGUUAUUGACAUAUAUAUAAAAAUCGAACUUAAUUGAUGGAUAUAUGAGUUGGACACUGAUCAUCUCAUCGCAACUCUCUCUCUCUCUAUAUAAUGAAGGUUACAACUUAAUGACUUAGGCCUUAGAUCUCUAUUUCUAUCUGCAGUCGAGUCUCUAUCUCUUUCUUUCUCAACAAGUCUUUCAUUUUUUAUCAAGCCACAAUGGCAUGCAUGGACAUGCAUAACUCCAUAAAUGGUGCAGCUAGGAUCUCAUUCUCUAAUGAAUUCGUCGAAAUCAGAUCAGAAAAGAAUAGUACUAAGAGCAACAACGUCAACACUAGAAGCUCUUUCUCCAAAACCCCUGAUGAUUUCGAGUUCUCUGUCACCGACUACGCCAUGAUUCCGGCUGAUGAGAUCUUCCUCAAAGGAAAGAUAUUACCGUUCAAGGAGACCACUCAUGUUCAUAGGACCUUAAGAGAAGAGCUUCUGGUCGAUGAAGAGGGUCCUGUCGAUGGCAACAUCUUUUCCAUCAGGCCACUAUUUUUACCUUCUUCGUCCUUUUCCUCAAAGGGUACAUGGAAGGAGCUAUUGGGCCUCAAGAGAGCCCAUGUUAGAUCUAAGAUGCCCGAUAAACUUGAUGACAAAACCAUCUCUGGGAAUGCUGCGACGUGGGAGAGUCAAGUUGGAGAUACAUGAUGAUGGAAUUGUAGAGCUCUCACUUUGGUUUCUAGAAAUUAAUUUAGAUUAUUUCUGAUAAUCUAGAUUGGUACUGUAUUGUAUCCACAUGUUCGUAUGGUUCAAACAACUCUUUUCGGCUCACAUGUUUUGUUGUUCUUGUAAGUUCUUGUUUUGGUUUG